AUGUCAUCGGACAUCCAGGUCUUCGUGAAAUGGAAAGAUCAGACUAUAUUUGCGGGAGAGGACGUGGAAUGCACAAUUACCUUCAAGAACGUCGCAGAUGGUGCCGGCGAAUCGAAGAAUGGCGGGCCACACUCGCACCAGAGGAAGCAGUCCCGAGCUGCCAAUGUCACUCCUCACUCGGAUUCCUUCUUUUCCCUGAAAUCCCCUCAUAAUCUCUUUUUUAAUAAUAAUCGCCGCUCAUUUCCGUCGCGAAACCCGCACCACCGCUUCUCUUCGUCGCUGAGCUCCCCGUUAAUCGGCUCUCAUAGCUUCCCGCCCCCCUCCACCCCCCGAAGUGCCUCGUCCUACAGCCAUAAACAUAAACGCUCCGUUUCGAUUCUUUCGAUAGAUAGCGAAGGCGGUGGUGAUAAGACUCCAAGGACAUCCUCUCAGUUCAACCGUCCCCGGCCGACACGCGGUCAUGGACGCUCUGCAAGCUUACAAGUUGUACCGAGGCGCUACGAAGGCUACGAGGAAUCUCCUCAGAAAGCUGCGCGCUUCCCCUCCCGUGGCUUUCCGUCUCCUGCCACCCCCUCCGCCAAUGGCCCGAGACUCGAUAUGGAGCGGCGAAUCAGUCGCACUGGAUCCGAGGUCGCUAGUCCUACCAGGCCUACCGAAUCGCCGUGCACUCCAGCUCGCAGGCCUCAAUUGCCGCCGAUGGACUUCAAAUUCCCCCCACCUUCUGACGCGAACAACCUUCGACCUGACGUAUCACCCGCGGUGACUCCAAACGAUGAGACUCCCAAUGUAGUGGUUCCGGCAAGAGCGAACGGAAAGGAUACAUCGACUCUAGCCGGGCCGGGCCAGCUGCCCCAAUUGACCAAGAUCAUGUCGACGUCGAGCUUAAGUGGAAGUCACAAGAGCAGCGGCGAGUUUUACUCAGCGGGCAACAACUCGUCCGAGACUCUGCAAUCCGAAUACACAAAUUACUUCCUUCCCCCACCUGGGCCGGGCGGUCCUCGUCACUCGCGACAUAUGUCCAGCUUUGAGCCUGUAGGCAUUUUGCCGAAUAGCCAGACACUGCUUAUGGGAUAUGCGCAGAUCAGUGCGUCGUUCACCGUGGAUGGCUCAUUGAUACAGCAGUCCGCGUUUGAUGAUGUCAAGCGGAAAGGCGUGGUUGGUGGACAAGGAGGCACUUCUGGAACGCCCAAGGGAAGGCCCGGGUCGAGCCACGACAAAGGCCGAAAGACUGGUGGAUUUUGGGGCGCUUUAAAAUGGAAUGCAAUCGAGGAGUCCAUCAAUGGGCUCCUCUCCAAUAACGAACUUGAUGGCCUGCGGGACAUGCGGGGAGUCACCUCGUCCAAGUCGAUUCCGUUAUUGUCGACAUCCCAGUCACUUCUUUUUGUAGAUCUCCGAUUGGCGCCUGGAGAAGAGCAAUCUUACUCCUUUGCUUUUACCCUACCCUCUGGACUCCCAGCGAGUCAUAAGGGCAAAGCCAUCAAGAUCUCAUAUAACCUGGUCAUCGGCACUCAGCGCCCCAGCAGGCCAAACGAACCUCAGCGGGUCAAUCGCAUCACUAUUCCUUUCCGGGUGUUCAACGGCGUCAAUGACCAAGGGGAAAUACUCGGCCAUGAUUUAAUGAACCCUUAUGUGCUCCUGCGCGACGAAGCUCGGGUGCAGAAAGUCGGGAACCCCUCUCCCCCGGUUGCAAAGCCCAAGAGUAUUAGCGGCGCAAACUGGAAGUCAGCUCCCGACUUUUUGAACUACGUCGAUGAAAUUCUGGAGCAGAAUGCCCGCAGUAAUCUGCUCCAACCCCCAGACUCUUCAUCGGAUAGACGUUCGAUCCAUGAGGUUUCGACGGGUCCAAUUUCUUGUAAGGACUCUAUUGACCUGGCUAUUCUCCGAAGUAACCAGGCAUUCAGCUCCUCGCGCAGCCCGAAUAGAUUCGAGAUUGCGCGCAACGGACGCCGAAUUGCGGUUGUGGUACUCAACCGCCCGGCCCACCGACUGGGUGAAACCAUCAUGGCAACCGUGAAUUUUGCGGAUGCUUCACUUCCAUGCUACGCCAUCCGAGCGACUCUGGAGUCCUCCGAGAGGGUGGCGGCUUCGUUGGCCGUGCGGUCUGGGGCCAGCAUCCGGCGGGCCACCCGUCGCGUGCACGCCUCUUUCUUUGAAAAUACCCUAUACUCGACACGUGUGGUCUUCAGCCCUGCCGUGCCAAUUACUGCCACGCCCACGAUCCUCACUAGCGGGGUCAAUUACGAUUGGGAGUUACGGUUUGAAUUUGUGACGACUAGCGUGCAUAAUGAAGGAGAAACAGGUCCCUCGGGCGAGAGGCUCCUCGAAGCGGUGCACGAGGAUGACCGGGGGCGUAUAAUGACGGCGCUGGAGAGCCUAGGAUGCGAGUCCUUCGAGAUAGCGAUUCCCAUCACCAUUUACGGCGAGACGGUUCGCGAGCGAGUGCCGGAAGAAAACGAGGGAUACUCUAUAUAA